UGACACUCAACAAAUCAAACAAAAGUAUAUACUUGCCUUCCAUUCCACAGUACAAGUCUUCAACUUUAACAAAGAGCGUUGAAAAAUCAUUGCAAAAAAUCCCAUAUAACGCUCUUCUGAAUUCUCAAUUUUCUCAAAAAUGAUACCAAGAAAGAACAACAUGGGUGGUCGUGUUUCAUCAUUAUUACUAAUAUUACUCGCAUUAGGUUUCUUCUUCGCAACAUACAAUUUAGUCACAAUCAUAAUCCACAAAAGUAACUCUAAUACUAACAAUGUUGGUGUUGGUGGAUCCGAAUGGUUCGACCCGGUACAGGAAAAACCCGGUGGUGGUGAGAAGAGGAAAUUCCACGUGGCAUUGACGGCGACAGAUGCAGCGUAUAGUAAGUGGCAGUGUAGGAUAAUGUAUUAUUGGUAUAAGAGAAUGAAGGAUAGAGACGGAUCAGAUAUGGGUGGGUUUACUCGGGUUUUGCAUUCGGGUCAACCCGAUAAUUUGAUGGAUGAGAUUCCUACUUUUGUUGUUGAUCCUUUACCUCAAGGAUUGGAUCGGGGUUAUAUUGUUCUUAACAGACCAUGGGCUUUUGUUCAGUGGCUGGAGAAGGCAACAAUUGAAGAAGAAUACAUUCUAAUGGCAGAGCCCGACCAUGUAUUUGCAAAUCCCUUACCAAACUUGAGUCGUGGAGAUCACCCAGCCGCAUUCCCCUUUUUCUACAUAAAACCAUCAGAAAAUGAGAAAAUUAUACGAAAAUACUAUCCAGAGGAGAUGGGCCCAGUGAAUAAUGUUGAUCCAAUUGGAAACUCUCCAGUAAUAAUUAAAAAGUCCAUUUUGGAAAAAAUUGCUCCUACAUGGAUGAAUGUGUCUUUGAGGAUGAAAGAUGAUCCAGAAACUGACAAGGCUUUUGGCUGGGUUCUGGAAAUGUAUGGCUAUGCAGUGGCAUCGGCUUUACAUGGUGUAAGACACAUUCUUCGUAAGGACUUCAUGCUACAGCCUCCAUGGGAUCUGGAAGUUGGCAAGAGGUUCAUUAUUCAUUAUACCUAUGGAUGUGAUUAUAAUAUGAAGGGAGAGUUGACAUAUGGUAAAAUUGGUGAAUGGAGAUUUGACAAAAGAUCAUACCUUCGAGGCCCUCCACCAAAAAAUCUCAGUUUGCCCCCUCCAGGGGUUCCUGAAAGUGUGGUAAGAUUAGUGAAGAUGGUUAAUGAAGCUACUGCUAAUAUCCCUGGAUGGGAGACACAGUGAAAAUGAGUUAAAAUGACCUGUGUACUUACUAUAUUUAUACUUUGCUCAUUUCACGAAGCACAGCGCAUGUCAAGAGUUCCCAGUUUUUGGCAGGCUUCACGAUGGAUAAUCCUUAGAAAGAUAUAUGAUUUAAACAAGUUAAAUAGACAUGGUGGUCAUACUAGAGUAGUUCUGUCCUUUAUAGAUAUUUCUCUUUCUCCCACCAUGGUACUUCUGGAUAAACUAUAAACCUAGUAUUCUUUUGUAAAAAUCUGUUGCUGUGUAAUAUCUUUUAAAGUGUAAUAGGAGAUUUGAGCCCUUUUUGAGUUAAAUUAGGACAAACAAGUUAUUGUGUCUCAGAAAUGAUCUUUACUAUAGAAGGGAACUUGAUCGAUGGUGGACUUAUGCUGGAAUUUUGUAAGGUUUUUUACGGAGGCAAUAUCUGUAGUUGUAUUACAAUGGUGUACCUUUCACUUACAAUUGUUUCUUCUGUUCUUUUUUCUUUUGAAAGAUGAACCUUUGGUGCAUGAGGAAGAAUCAUUAAGAGUAAUAAAGUUGGAAAUAAAUGCAUUAA